UUGCCCCAUGGCGCUCUCUUUGUUUCCCGACAGGUUCUAGGCCAUAGGAGCCCAGACCACUUCAGUGCCCACCGGAUGUCCAGAUUUUGGAAUGGGGGACCUGCGGAGGUGCCUAGCCAGCGGGGAGUAUGGUGGGCUGAAAGAUUGCCCCCUGUUUGAGAGCAAUUUCAUGCAGGUAACCAAGACGGGGGAUGUCGCCAACAGGGUCACCGUGGGCAUUGCUGCCACCAGUCCAAGUCUGGAAAUGCCCGAUCUCAUGUUGCUGGCACGGCCAACCCCAGCCUUAGCUACACAGUGUGAAUGUCUGUGUCCAGAAGCAUUGCCUUUUCCAGAUGAGGAGCUGCAGCUCUUUGGGCUUCUGCCCUUGAAGUUUGUGCGGCUUUAUGUCCACGAUGAGUCUCGAUUCCAGCUUAAAGUUCGCUUGGCCAAUGGGCGCACCUUUUACCUGCAACUUUUGACGCACCCCCUCAAACAGGAGGAAGUAUUUGGGCAGUGGAUCCGGCUGCUGUACCGCCUACGCUUUUACCACAGCGAUGCCCCCCUCGCAUAUGAGCAGCAGAAUGCCAUAUACCGCCACAAGAAUCGGAAACAAAGCUCACCAGCAUAGAUCAGCAAUAGCAGAAGAAGCUUCAGACUGGACAGAAAAACCUAGUGGGCGAUAUCUGACCCAGGAGCUGUAGGUUUACCAUACUUGGGCUGCAAAUGCCCAAGUUCAAUAGUUCAAGCAUGCUUUGAGGAAACCUUUCCAUUAUGCCAGCCUGUGUGUCUCUUGGUACUGCUGCGUUUCUUUGUGUCCUGCAGUCGGAGGAAAAACCAGCAUGUUCUCCAGGUGAGGAAGAAUAAACUUGCAGGAACCAAGGAUUUCUUUAUUUGUCUCCCAAGAAGUAAUACAGAACAAGGUUCCCCCUCUGGACAAGCUGUUCAGUUUUGGAUAGGAUUCCUCCCAAUGUGACAUUGCUGCAGCAUCCCUCCAGAAGGAGGAUACAACCCACCCACCCCGCUCCCCCCUCCAAUAAAACCAGUGAACAUAAA